ACACACACUCAGACUCAAACAAUGUGUAAAAGCUAAAAGCUGAAGCUCAGACUGAGCAGAGCUGGGUGGAGAACAGCAGCAGCAGCAGAAGAAGAAGAGAAGAAACCUACAAUCAACUAAUAAUCCUCUAAACUAAAAAACUAAAACUUCACUACAACAAGAAGAAGAAAAAGAUUAAAACUGCCUUUUCUGUCUGCUCACUGCACUCCUUCUCCAAGCCAAAAAACAAAGAUGGCCGUCAGCUCGUUUGACCGAAGACAGUGGGGGUCCCAGUCCCUGCGGGUCACGGCUAAAGAACUGUCCAUUGUGGGAACGAGGGGUAAAAGCACGGCUCUGGCUGAACGCUUCUCAAAAUACCAGAAGGCAGCGGAGGAGAUUAACUCAGAGAAGAAAAAACCUGUGGAGAGUUCAGCUCCGGCCCUGAGAGCCGGUAAUCUCAGCGUCCUGAAGAAGAGGUGGGAGACCCAGCAGCCUCUCGCCCACAGCUCUUCAUCAACACCAGCUGAAGUUCUCUCCACAGAGCCGAGGAGGAGAUCUGCAGGCUUAGCUGAUAAAUAUCUCUCAUUAACUGCAAAACCAGCAGAAAUCCCAGACGAGCAGGUUAAUCAGGAGCACCUGCAGAGCAGCAGGAGGGCAGUUAUGGAGAAGUGGGUGCAGAGAGAUGCUGAGAGCCCUGAUGCAGCAGAAGAGACCAACACUGAAACUGAGAGACCCAACGUCCCUCUCAGCAACCUGAAAAUGAUGUUUGAGAACAAGGUUUCUGGGGAACCAAUGAAAACAGGAGGAAGUGACAUGGAGCUCGGAGACAAAGUGUUCGGGGGGGAUCAGACGGUGGAGACGACUCCCCUCAGGGACAGAAUGGCUCUUUAUCAGGCUGCAGUGUCUAAACUGGACUCUCCGUGCACCACCCCCAGUGAGCUGGAUAUGGAGGUGUGCAGCUCCAGUGUGAAGCAGAAGGAGAACGUCCCUCCGGCCGUACGAGACGCGAUCUCAAACUCUGAACCCAGCAGCAGGAAAGGAUCAUCUACAGACAGCAACGGCUCUGCUGUGCCAAAUUCAGUUCCUGAUCAGGGUGCAGGUAAAGCUUUUAAGAAGUUUCGUUUACCUGUGCGGGAGAGCUGUGUGAUGUGCCUGAAGACCGUCUACCCUUUAGAGAGACUAGUAGCCAAUCAGCAGAUCUACCACAACACCUGCUUCCGCUGUGCUCACUGCAACACCAAGCUGAGCCUGGUCAACUACGCCUCUCUGCACAGCACCGUCUACUGCAAGCCCCACUUCUGCCAGCUCUUCAAAGCUAAAGGCAACUACGACGAGGGCUUCGGCCACAGGCCUCAUAAAGAGCUGUGGGAGACGCGAGGAGACGAGCUGGAGGACAGCGUGAGGAUGGAGGACGUCCCCAAAGACAGCACCACCACCACCACCAGUCCCACGGUGGAGGAGUCUCCCCUGGAGAAGGUGAACGUCCUCGCCGCCACGCUGGAGACGAGAGCGCAGUCGGCGUCGGAGCGAGCCGAGAGACAGGUGGAGACCGGCCGGCUGAAGAUCUCCUGGCCUCCUAAGACGGAUGAACUCGAUGAUGGAGACGCUCUGAAGGCCUCAGUUGAGGACGGCGUUCGCCCCAUUCGCCCAAAGUGGCCACCAGAGGGCGACGCCUCCCCAGUCAGCCCUGAGAAAGCAGAGAUGUCCAGCAUCUGCAGAAGCUCCUCCCUCAAAGAGCGGAGUCGUCCGUUCUCCGUCACCAACUCUACAGCGGCGCUGGACGAUCAGCCCUGUGAGACACUUCCUGUCCAACCACCCUGUUCAACGGUGGAGGAGGACAACGUCUCUGAUGAGGACAUUGAGACAAUGUCCCCCACACGAGCGACUGUGGACACGCCUCUGAGGAGUAGUGAGGAGAUUAUGAUGGACGACAGUCCCUCACAGGAAGAGGAAGAGGAACUGGAAGAGGAACUGAGAAAGGAAGAGGUUGACGAAGACGAUGAUGAAAAUAUGGAUGGAGAUCAAAAACAAGAAGAAGAACAAGAAGAAGAAGAUGACAAAGAAGAUGGCCGACAGGAAGAGGAAGAACCAACCUCUCUAACGUGUCAGAGCACCUCCCUAGAUAUCACACCCCCUUCCUCACCUCUCAGCGAAUCAGAGCAAGGCUCCGGAUCCGAACUGGAGCAGAAGAAGUCCUCUCAGGACGUGGGAUACUGGGAAGGAGAGGAAGACCAGGGAGAGCAGGGGGACGAAUCGGUGGAGGAGCUGAUCCGGAGGAACAGACACUACGAGGACGAGGACGAAGACUGAUCGCUAAUCGUCAAACUAAUCAUCAAACUGAUUGUCUCGUCCAAUAAAAAACAAGAAGAAGAGUGAAACCAAACCUGUCUGUUAAAAUCCAUUGAAGAGAAAGGGCUCAACAUUUAUCAGUUUUAAAAUUUUUCUAAUUUGUCUUAUUUUUCCAUUUUCUUCCUGUUCAAACUGUCUUCAAACCUGUCUAUUGUUAGUCUGGUGUCGCUUCAUUGGUCUGGUUUUAUUCCAGACAAGCAGAAACUCAUGAAAUUCAAUGUUGAAAAGGUGGAGAAGGUUUAACACCCCUGGUUUAAAGGAUUCGCUCUAAAAAAUAAGCAUUUCUAAACACAUUCUUCUCUAAAAUCCAAACUUUCAAACCUUCAGACGAGGUAUUCAGCCUUCAAAGCCUGAUAUUUUAGUUUUGCAUUGAACCUACAAGUCCAAUGUAUUGCUAAGAUUCGGAAGUUUAUUCUCUAUCGACGUUUGAAAUAGAGAGAAAAUGUGGGAAAAAAAAUUGGAUUGAGGUUGUAUCUGAUUUUUCACUAAAAUAAUCAGUUUUAGCCUUUUUUUAAAGCUUUUUUUAAGUCCUACAUAUCCUGUGGGUCUUCAGUAUGCCUCUCUCUCUCGCAUGCUGUGCAAUUUUUAGGCUCUUUUGUCCUGAGCUUUUAUUUUUGUGCCUGAAUUUAACCGAAUGCAAAAUCAAAAAACACAGAAAAACAAAACUCCUGAUGAUAAUUUCUCUCUCUGUAAUCAACAAUAAUCAACCAGCACAUGAAAUAGGUGGACAAGCCUGGUUUCUAUAAAAAAAAAACACUGAUGCAUUUGGUACUUUUAUUUUAUUUAUAUAUGUAUGUUUCUGUGUGUGUUUGUUUGUCUUCUACUUUCACGUCAUUCCAAUUUUUCAGAUUUUAUAGUGUUUGUAGUCUAAAAUUUCAUAUUUCCUUUGGGAAAUAUGAUUUUUAUCAUAUUUCAGAUUAGAUUUUAGGUCAGAAGUGUCCAACCAUAACAGCGAAAAGUUAUUAUUAUUUUUUUUAUUCUAGUCAAUGAAAAGCUGCUGAUUGUUUAGAAUAAAAACCUGCAGUUUUAGAGGUCCUGAACAUUUCCUCCAUAUAAAAAAAUAAAUAAAAGCAUUAGAUCUAUAGUAACAGUUCUUCUGUCUGAAAAAGUUGAGUUGUCAAUACUGUUUUUUUAUGUUCUUUUGUUUCUUAUCAGAAUCUGCUAUUGUGUUAAACUGCUGCAUGUGCCGGGGGGUUGAUUUCUUUUGCACAGUAUGCUUGAUUGAGUGAUUGGAAGGGAGAAAUGAAUUUGUUCAGCACAGUGCAUAGAAAUAUUGUUCUUUAAUGCAAUACUUUGUGCAUCAUGAGAAGUUUCUCCUUAUAGAAUUGACUAAAAUCUGACUUUUUAUCAGUGGACCAAAUUUGCUGCAACACUGUUUAAUAAAUAUUUAACUUAAA